AAAGUCUUGAGCGAUCAUUUCCCCAAAUACAAUUUCAAAGUCCAAAGAAAAACAAAACAGAAUAAAAGGCAAACGAAGAAGAAGAUGCAGCAAAAGAAAAAAGAGAGACCGUAGAAACAAGGCAAACCUAUGCCUAUUGUAUACUCACACACACACACUACCUUUUUUUUACCCAGUUGCCCUAAUAACCCAAACCCUUCUUUUUCUCCCAUUUUCUCCCUUUUCUCUAAACAAAAAAAAAAAACCAAUUAACAAAAAUCAAAAUUCAGUGAAAUACAACGAACAAAAAUUCCAAUUAAAUUCCACUAACCCCCAAAAACCCCAAAAAUUAAAACUACCCAAAACAAGGAAACCUAGAACAGAAGGGGUUAAGCUUUAAAUCAAAAUUCCCAAUACCAAACAAAAAAUUAAAAUUUACCCAACUCUUUUUUCCCCUAAUAAAAAUCUGGGUUGCUAAAAUCCAUUAAUUUUGUUUUUCUUCUCCCAGUUUUCUCGUUUUUCCUGUAACCCAAACAGGGAGAUUUACAGAGAAGAUUGCUAUGUAAUGAAUGUUAUAUUCUCUAUUUUCUGGGUUUUUUCAGUUUUCCUUGUAUUUUUCCAAGUUUUUGAAAACUUGGAAUUAAUUUCAUUGCCUUGUAUAAAUGGAAAGUUGUGAUCUUUUGCCAAAUCCCACCAUAAUUAGCCCUAAAAGUCACCUUCUUGAUCUUCCUGCAAUGGACGACGUCGUUUUGUCCCCGAUCCAGCGAUCUUCAGGUGAAAUAGAGACCAAUGGUGUUGCUGAAAUUCCAGAAACCAAUAAAAACCCAGAAAACAGUGAAAACCCAGAAACCAAUAAAAACCCAGAAAACAGUGGAAACCCAGGAACCAAAAUUGAAGAGAUAAACCCAAUUGAGGAAGAAAGCAAGAAAGAGUUGGAGUUGGGAAGUAAUGAUGUUGGUAGUAAGAGUAGUAGCAAAAAUGGAAAGAAGGAGAGUAAUAAUAGUAGUAAUAAUGUUAUAGUUAGGAGAGAGAGGCCCACUCGGGCUUGCACGGCCCGGCCGGCUAAGUAUGUGGACCCGCCAGUGAUUGAGCGGAGGCCGAGGCCGGCGAAGAGGGAGAAAGUUGAGAAGUUGGUGGUGGAGGAGGUGGAGGAUGAGGAAGAUGAGGAAGAGCUUAAAGAGCAAUGUAGUAAGGUUGUCACUUCAUUGGUGAAUCCACCUAUGCCGGAGCAAAUGCCGCGGUGGCACCUGAGGUCCAUGUGGGAAAUGGCUUCAAUACUUAAUUUCUUUCAUGUAUUUAGAGCAGUUUUGAACAUUACAGUUGAGUUCAGUGCUGAGGAGCUGGAGUCUGCAUUGCUUACUCCCAAUAGUACAUUGGGUGAUAUACAUAUACCAUUGUUAAAGGCAAUUCCCCCAGUCACCCGAAUGGCUUGUGGACGUGACACUUGGGUAACUGUGCUAUGUCGAAAGUUGCGAGACUGGUGGCAUUGGGUUGCUGAAGGAGAGUUACCUAUAGUUGCAAACCAUGGGGCUGAGAUUGAAAUGUAUAAGACACUUGAUCCAGGGGUACGUGUGGUGAUUCUAAAAGCCCUGUGUGACAUUCGUGUUGAGCAAGAUGAUAUCAGGAGCUAUAUCGAUAAUUCACUCAAACAUGGUGGUCAGCUUUCAGGAUUUCGAAAAGAGCGGAUUGGGGGUGAUUCACAUGGAAUAUCAUAUUGGUAUGAAGAUGACGAAUUUGUUGGCCAUAGGCUAUAUCGAGAAAUCAGGAGAGUUGAGAGGAAGGUUGAGAUGAAAAAAGGAAAGACCAGGGGUUCUCAUGUUCUUCCUAGCACAACUUAUGAGUGGGAAACGGUGGCAACUAAUUUAGAUGAAUUCUUGGAUGUUUCUGAGAAGCUUUUCUCAAGCAAGAACAGAACAGAAGUUUCACUUGGAAAGAAGUUAAAGAAUGACAUGCUCACUGAGAUUGAGAAGGUUCAUAAGAGGAAAGAAAAAUUGCUGAAGAAGCAACAGAGGCAAGCUCUUCUUCUGGAUAAUUUCGCUACCAUGGAUGGGCUUGUUGGUGGUCGCUCCCUUCGUGACAGGAAACCUGUGACUUACACAUUUGAUGAUUUCGACCGGUCAAUCAACGAGGCUAUCAAGGUCACCAAGCGUAAACAGCCGUCUCCAGAGCCUGGAGUUAAAAGAGAUGUUUUGAAAUCUGAACCGUCUGCCAACGGUAGAUGGAAUGGCUCUUCUCACCCCUCUCUUCAUGGGUCAUUUAGUCCACCUUCCCCUGUUGAUUAUGAUGAAAUGGACGUAGACAACCACUCUGAACAAUUGGAUCGUGGUAACCGUAGGAGACAAAGACCUCAGAGAUAUUCAAUGAAAGAGUUUGUUGAAGCGGUUUCAGACAAUGAUGAGGAAUAUGUAGACAGUGAUGACGAUAUAGUUGGAGAAGCUGUUUACGACGAUGAAUAUUUGCAGCAGCGUAAACAGAAGAAGAGGCUAACAAGCAGCUCUGAAGGCGAAGGAGAUGACGAAUAUCAUUGGAGCGAGGAAAAUGGUGAAGAUGAGGUGGAAGAAGAAGAGGAAGAAGAUUCACCAAGUGGCAGUGAAGACAGUGACCAACCUAGAGAAAGGUUUAAAAAACCCGAGGGCCGGACCCGAAGAGGAACUAAAAUAAGGUCUGUUGAUGACCUUGACUCGGGUUUGAGGCGCAGCAAACGGGCCACAAGGAACCGUAUUGAUUAUCGGCAAUACGAGAUAUCCGAAUCUGAAACUGAGACAUCCAUGAAACAUGGGAAGUCAAAUGCUCCAUCCGAGGCACAUUAUGAUGCAACUGAUAAUCCGGAGUACUCGAUGGAAAGUCAGGACUCCGAUGAGGGUAAUGAGGACGAGCAGCAAGAAAGAGGAUUUGGUGAGUCCAUCCCUAUGGAUCUCGAGAAAGAUGAAGAUAGACCCCCAACAAAGUCCGAAAGUCCAAAACAAGAUGACCCAGAUGGGAUUGGAGCAACAAGGCGGUUUCUUGAUCUUAAUGAAUUAGCACCGGGUUCCGGUUUUGAUGAUGGACCCAGUGCCCUAGUGAAGGAUGAUGAUCAUAAAGGUGAGUAGGUGAUAUAUAUUUUAAAAGCCCGGACUUUGGAGUUUUCCUUCUCUUUUUUAUCCAUUUCCCUCUCUAGGGUGGUUAGUUGUAUCAUAUAUCAAAAUUAUGAGUUUACAUUGAGCCCACGAAAGGAUACUCGAGGGAAUCCUGUUGUGCAAUAUACUCUGGAUUUUCAGCAGGGGAGCAACACAGUGCAGAGGAAUGGUAGAUUUGAGUAGUCAUUUUUCAGAAUUCGCUCAUCGAUGGAGUUUGACAGAGAUGAGCUGAAUUAUCAAGAGUUCGUUCAGUGUACAAUAGCUUCUUAACCAAAUCGAUAACCGAGGUUCUCCAGAUUAAGAACCCUGUUCUUAAAUUUUUGUUGACAGUGACGACGAAUAUAUCUAUUAUGUAUUAGUAUGCAGUUGGGUUGGCUGGGUUGUUUCAUAAAAUUAUUAAUGGGAUUUCAUGUUGUAAUUCGAUCCUCCACCCGCUAUUAGUGCCUUAUUCUGGUUCUUCUUUGUAACUUUAAAAAUAAUACUACUUGUAAUUCUUUUGCCUUGUUGCUCCCAUUAUGUAGUAUGCACAUAUACUGGAAUUCCUCA